ACGCGUUUACGAAAGUUGCAAAAAGUUUGCACAUUUGAACCAAUGACAGACGAUCUUCCUUUCGGAGUUAGGAAACUUUUUAUCGACCAAUGAGAGCAGUUCUUGCUGCGCGUCUCGGUUCCUGACGUCACCGGGGAAACUUCCCCUCGUUCCCACAAUCCCUAGCGGUGAUGUGGAGCAAGUGCAGCGAAUCCGACAAGGUUGGAUAUGGUACUUUCAUCAAGAUGAGAAUCAACUAGAUGCUUGGAUGAUUUCAAAUAAUCAAAUGAAACACAUGUACACUGACUUUUGGUAAUUGAAAUUACAAUAAGUUAAAACCAACAUUUGAUUCUAAAAAUAUCAGUGGCACUGUUGUACUGCAAGUAUGGAGAGUGGCUGUUGUCAUCAGUGUGCAGUCUUAAGGCGGAGACACCAUCUUGGAAUUCUACUUCUUGCACUGUGUUGUCUACUUGUUCCAAAAGCUUUAGCAGCAUAUGGAUCAGACUGUAGGGACGGAAUGCUGUACUCCCAGUCGACCCCCUCGGCCGGGGUGGAUGCCGGGACCUUCAACAACGUGGGCACCGUGUCCUCAAUACAGGAAUGCACGGAGAGGUGCUGUGAUGACGAUGACUGUGAUGUGGCGUGGAUGUACGAAAGCACAUGUUUCACCGUGGACUGUUUGAGCCAAGAGGCGUGCCAAGCCGUGCACCGAGACUCGGACAAGUUUGAGAACUCGUUUAUGGUGGCUGUGGAGAGGAUGAAACCUAAAGAAUACGAUGAGGAUUGUACGGUAUACCCUCGCGACAACUGUCCGUUGGACCAGGAGUGCAAAGUUCACCUGAACGGCCCGGAUGUCUCGUUUAAAUGCCAGUGUAAGGGAGGGUUACUGCGGGACGCGUUACGGGGUAACAUCUGCGUAGAUCCAGAGACUCUAGAAAGUGAUAUGGAAGAGAACAUGGACAAAACCCUGACCACCACCAGUCACCAACACAUCCCUUCUAAAGUCACCCCAGCGAACAUGGGGUACCUGUACCCUGAACUCACCACCAGGGGAAGGCCCUUCACUACCGGGUAUGGACAGCCUGAACCCAGCACACUGGCACAGCCGGGGGUGGAGGGGACCACCAGGGGUAAGGAAGAGGGAGAGGAAGAAACCACACCUUAUAUGCCUGAAGACAUGCUGUUAGAGGGAGAUGGACACGAGCCCACUACUGCAAGACAACAGUUGACCCCCCUAGAUGUGACAGCCCCCCUGCUGUUGUCCCAGGGGGUCCCGGAGAACGCCACCACCCCCUUGGUGCCACUGCCCAGGACACCCAAGAGGGUGGAUGCAACAACUCCUUCAACAGUCAGCCAACUUGUGGUGUCGGCCGGAGAGAAUAAAGUCAUCCAACUGCCACAGAACAGUGUGACGUUACACGGCUUCACUGUGCCGGAGCCUCCAGAAGGUGUGCAGUAUGUGUACGAGUGGAGCCUGCUGUCUGGUCCAGAGGAGUAUCAGGGAGAGAUGGAGGGACGGCACACUCAAUCAGUCCACCUUUCACAGUUGACUUCAGGACACUACAUGUUCAUGGUUACGGUGGUGGGAGAGGACAAGUAUGGGGAGGGGUUCGUCAACGUUACGGUGCUGCCUCCAGCCAGAGUCAACACCCCUCCGGUAGCAAUAGUACAGCCCAAACAACAGGAGGUGUCCCUGCCCAACUCUGCUGCUAUUCUCGAUGGAUCUCGGAGCACAGACGAUGAUGCGAUAGUUGAUUACCACUGGGAGGAGGUGAAGGGUCCCCUGAGAGAGGAGAAGGCUUCAGGGGAGGAGAGCAUCCUCAGACUCAACAAUCUUAUUCCUGGGUCUUACGUCUUCAGUCUGACUGUAACGGACUCGGACGGAGAAACAGACUCCACAACCGCCAACGUUACGGUUCACAAGGAGACAGACUACCCACCUGUGGCAAACGCUGGGCCUAACCUGGUCAUUCAGAUGCCCCAGAACUCAGUUGUCCUGAAUGGCUCCAAGAGCACAGAUGACAAAGGGAUCGUCAGCUAUGAGUGGGCCAAGGAGGGAGAUGCUGUGGCUGACAUGCAGGGCACCAGAUCAUCCAUCCUGCAUGUGUCUAACAUGGAAGUUGGAGACUACACGUUCACCCUGACUGUUACCGACAUCUCUGGCCAGGAGGACAGUGCCUCAGUCACUGUCAUUGUGCAACCUGAAAACAACCAGCCUCCUGUGGCAGAUGCAGGGCCUGACAAGGAACUCACAUCACCGGAUGAUACCACUACGCUUGACGGGGGAGACAGCACAGAUGAUCAGGGGGUGGUCUCCUAUGAGUGGACUAAGACCAGUGGACCAUCCUCCGUGGACCUACAGAACACAGACCAGGCUGUUGCCACGGUUACAGGGUUAGUGACAGGAACGUACGAGUUCACCCUGAAGGUGUGCGAUGACAAGAGCCUGUGUUCCAGGGACACCGUCACCGUGCAGGUCAAAGAAGAUGUAAACCACAAGCCACGAGCGGAUGCCGGAGGUGACGUGGUGUACCAGCUGCCCCAGACCCUGCUGAUCGUGGACGGAUCCAGGUCGACUGAUGACCACGGCAUCGUGGACUUCCUGUGGACACGGGACCCACAGAGUCCAGCUGCUGGGGUUGUCCUGAACGGCUCAGACCACAGGGCAGUCCUGCAGCUGACCAACCUAGUGGAGGGACGCUACGUGUUCCAUCUGAAGGUGACCGAUGCCAAGGGGCUGUACGACACCGACUCUGCUACCGUUAUUGUCAAGAAAGAUAUCCAUAUGGAUGACCUAGUGGAACUUGCACUAGCAGCAGACAUAACAUCAUUUACUGAGGGGAACAAGGCCAUGUUAGUUCGUCAGCUGGCUGUGCUGAUUGAUGUGAUGGAUUCUGACAUCAGGGUCCAGGAGAUAAAAGAGGACAUAUCCACUGGCAACAUGAUAGUGGUGUUUGUAGUGGUGAACACCCAGACCAGCGUGGUACAGAAUGGGGCGUCCGUUCUCGCCAAACUCAAGCGCAAACUCAAGGCAGGGUCAGAGGUGCUCGACUUCAAGGUUGUACUGGUCGACACUGUUGUUUGCCAGAACAACUGCUCGGGACACGGUGUGUGUAACUCCUUCACCAAACUGUGCCAGUGUGACAGUUUCUGGGUACAGAACCCCUUCAAGGCUUAUUUUGCAGAUAAAGUCAGCAAUUGUGACUGGAGCAUACUUUAUGUCAUCGUCAUCGCCUUUGGCAUCGUAGUCGGGGUGGGACUGAUCACUUGGGGCGUCGUCUGUCUGGUCAGGAAUCGACGGAGAUUCAGAAGAAGCAAAAGGCAUCGUUACACACUGUUGGAUGAAAUUGAUGAGAAAGGAGAAAAAAUAGAAAUGUAUAGUAGAGACGGAAAGGACCAACGUGUGCCUGUCCCUCAGACAGGUGAAAAGACAACAGGACAAAAGCAAAACAACAGCUUGGUGAUGUCGGAGUCAGACGAUCUUCUAAGCGACGAAGAAACGACCCUUUUCGAGAACAAGAAAAAGCCAAACGGGACACCAAGAAACGGCAUCAUAGCCUCUACGCUACCCAAGCUUUGAUACGCUGAAGACAACACAUCAAGUGAAAUCUCUGCUUCAUUCUGCUCAGGGUAUGGGAUGGGUGUUUAGAGCAGCAAAAAUAUAUUAAGUUUAAAAUGUUAAAGUUAAGAUAAUCAUAGUGGGAAAAGGGAGUUCCCACUUAAAGUUUGUACAUUUAGAAAAUAUGUAUAUUAUGCUGGGUUUGAUUUUCCUGCAUUCUUGCUUGCACUGUUUAUAAGAUGUGCAAUGGGUUUGGGGUUAUGCAUAUAUAUUUGGAAUAUAUUAAAGGUGAUGUUUUGUAGAAGACAU